CCUCAGAAACGCACGCUUCUGAGUCACACGCGCGCGCACGCUCACGCACGCGGUAGAUCUGUGCCUGGAGACGAAUCGAGCGCGCUCGCUAUUCAAGUCAUGGACGGCGGCGAGCUGGGGGACCAUUAGGAGCCGUUGGCACAAAAACCCGCUUUAUUUGCAGCACACGGACGCUGCUGGCUCUCUACGCGCGUCGGACACACGCGCCCUGACAGGCGGGAUUAUUACUGAUGUAAUCAAUACAGAGAAUCGCUUUGGCUGGAGAGAGAAAAAAAACACAUUCAUAUUUCACCCGAAUCGUCCCUGUUCUUGACAGAAAACGCUGUGUGCCAUAUGCUCUGCGACUUUCAGAGCAGCCGAUGGCAACCCGUUGGUACUGAUGCGGCGCGUGUGAUGGUUGCAGUGGGACGGAUAUCCUUAAUUUGAUCCAAGAGGUGUUCUAAGGUGUUUUUCUUCUUGGAUGCUUCUGUUUCGCUUCUCCACUGACCUUAAUCACAGCUUUCUAAUGCUAUUUUGGACUGACAGAAAAAGGCUUCCACUUCUUUUUAAACCUUUAUUUCAUUUUAGGUUGUUUUCAUUUGUUUUCUCAGUCUAAUUUGAUGUGUGGAUUAUUUUUUUUAUACAUUUAAAUCAUCUAGGAGACAUUUUUUUUUCUGGGACUGUGGUCUUGGGUGAAGAAAAAGGGGGCCAUACUGACUUGAUCGCCCAUCUAAAACUCUGCAGGAUUGUCCUCCUCAUCCGUCCUGAGAGGAAUACCUUUGAGUCCAGGAGGCUACCGCGGCUCCUCUGAGGGGUUUCAUCGGCUGCAUUCGGGGGAAUGGUGACCACACCGCAGAUGCACGCAACUCUUCCUGAGUGUUUCGGCGUUUUUCACAGCCGAGCAUCUUGAGUUGUGAUCGAGGGAGACGCGGACUGCAGCAGCCUCCAGCCUUUUUUUUCCUCACAUGGAGAUUUGUGUCUCGGUUGUGCUGCAAAUCUUGAAAACGUGGACGGGGGCCCUGCUGAUUUUUCAUGCACUGUUCUCGCCCUCGAUUUCUUUUAUUCGAGAAAAUGCAGAACACAAACACCAGAUGAACUAUGAAUGCUGAACACAAUGAUCUCCUCCCUCCAGCGCCAGACAAUGAGAGGUCGUAGGCUGAAGGGGGCGCUGUCCAACCCCCUCUUUGUGCUGCUUUUGGCCCUUCAGAUCCUGGUGGUGGCUGGACUAGUCCGUGCUCAAACCUGUCCUUCUGUCUGCUCAUGCAGUAACCAGUUCAGCAAAGUCAUAUGCACUAGGCGUGGUCUACGGGACGUUCCAGAUGGCAUUUCUACCAAUACCCGGUACCUGAAUCUCCAGGAUAACCUUAUCCAAGUAAUCAAAGUGGACAGUUUCAAGCAUCUGCGCCACCUGGAGAUCUUGCAACUGAGCAAGAAUCAUAUUCGCAGCAUAGAAAUUGGGGCUUUUAAUGGGCUUGCCAGUCUCAACACACUGGAGCUCUUUGAUAAUCGACUGAUGACAAUCCCCAAUGGAGCAUUUGAGUACUUGUCCAAGCUUAAGGAAUUGUGGCUAAGGAACAACCCCAUCGAAAGUAUACCAUCAUAUGCCUUCAGCCGGGUUCCCUCUCUUCGAAGGCUUGAUCUAGGUGAGCUUAAGCGUCUAUCCUACAUUUCUGAUGGGGCAUUCAAGGACUUGAGCAACCUGCGCUACUUGAACUUGGGAAUGUGUAACCUCAAGGAGAUCCCUAACAUCCUACCUUUAAUUAGGCUAGAAGAGCUAGAAAUGUCUGGUAACCAGCUAACUGUUAUCAAGCCCAGCUCAUUUGCAGGGUUGGUGAACCUUCAGAAGCUUUGGAUGAUGCAUGCCCAGGUCCAAACUAUUGAGAGAAAUUCUUUUGAUGAUCUUCAGUCACUGGUGGAGCUGAACCUGGCUCACAACAACCUGACCUUUUUACCACAUGACCUCUUUACACCAUUGCAUCGUCUGGAAAGAGUCCACCUUCAUCACAACCCUUGGAACUGCAACUGUGAUAUUUUGUGGCUUAGCUGGUGGCUUAAGGAAACCGUACCGGCCAACACCAGCUGCUGUGCACGUUGCUAUACUCCUUCAGCCUUCAAAGGUCGCUACAUUGGAGAACUGGACCACAGCUACUUUCAGUGUGAUAUCCCAGUCAUUGUAGAGCCACCGAGUGACUUGAAUGUAACUGAAGGCAUGGGUGCUGAGCUUAAAUGUCGUACAAGCUCGCUGACCUCCAUCUCCUGGCUCACACCAAAUGGCUCUUUGGUAACCCAUGGGGCUUAUAAGGUGCGAUUGUCUGUACUCAAUGAUGGGACAUUAAACUUUACUAGUGUGACAAUGCAGGACACUGGGACUUACACCUGCAUGGUUAGCAACACAGCAGGCAACAUUUCUGCAUCUGCUGUGCUCAAUGUUACUUCCGUGGAAAACAGUGGAGUAACCUAUUUUACGACAGUAACCGUGGAGACGAUUGAGAAUCCUGGGGAUGAUGGCCAAACAUUACUUCCCCCCUUUGAUUGGGCCUCAUCUUCAACUACAAAGGGCACUCCAGUUUCAACACGGACCACAGAGCGGACUUACACUAUUCCAGUUCUUGAUCGGGAUGGAGAGGGAGCCCUCAAUGGUCUAGAUGAGGUGAUGAAAACCACCAAGAUUAUUAUUGGCUGCUUUGUGGCCAUUACUCUUAUGGCUGCUGUGCUGUUGGUUAUUUUCUACAAGAUGAGGAAGCAGCAUAAUCAACAGGACCCCGAUGGCCCGGCGUCCUCCAUGGAAGUCAUUACUGUUGAAGAAGAGCUUGCGGGUGUUGCUGCUAUGGAGAGACAUCUAUCACUUCCUCCAUUGGAGCACUACAACCACUACAAUACCUACAAGAGCACUUACCACCACCCUCCAAUGCUCAGUGCCAUACACAGCUCAGCCACACAAGAACCUUUACUGAUUCAAGCUUGCUCAAAAGACAAUGUCCAAGAGACGCAAAUCUAAUGAAUUUGAGAUCAAAUCCAUUAUUACCGGUUUUAAACUUGGGAUACAAUGGAUCAAAACUUUAAAAUGAAAAAAAUUAAUAACAGUAAAAUACAUAAAACGCUGUUGACUUGACAGUUGAUCUUGACUGUGGCACUUAAUCAGCAUUUGGCAAAGGGACAAAUAUGAUACUUUAAAAAGGAUCUUUACAAAAACCAAGAUUAUUUAUUGAAAUAUGUCUAGUGGCCAAAUGACGAAAAACAAUUUGUGAUAGCUUUUUAGCUCAUUUUAUUUCUCUCUCUGUGUGUAAUACUGCUCAAGGGAAAGAAUGGUUUAUUAAAAGUGAAUCUGAAAGGCAUCAAAAGCUGCUUAGAACACCAAUGUUGGUUUUGCUCCUGUGCUAGAAUGGAUGCAGUGUCAUUAAUCCAAAUGUAUUGAUUGAGCUAAAAAAAUAUGUAUUUUGCUCGGGCAUUUAUUUGAAAGUUACUCAGAAGACUACAUUUGUUGUAGAGGAACUUUAUAACACUUCAAACUAAAAUGUUGGGGUAUUCUCCUUUCCAUAAUAAUCUAGAUGUCACUCAAAAUGAGAUUAGAUGAUUAAACGACACAGCUCUGGAUUAUAUCACAGUGAAACCAGCAUGCCUGUGGAGCAAAUCUAGCAAAUGAGUAGAUGCACAUUUCCCCCGUGGCUCCUAAACAACAGCCAUACAUCCUUCACUUUAAUUACGAUAAAGGUCUUGCUCUCAUUCCCCCUCCUCAGUUUUCUCUAGACUUUUACCCUUAACCGUUUUCCUUCUGAUCUCUCUUUUUAUAUCUGAAUUAUUCAGUGUCCAGGUCGAUCUUAUCCUUGUUUCCUCUUCACUUUCUCUUUUCUGUUUUGCUUCAUUUUCAUCUGUGUCACUGAGCUUGAGCACGUCCCUCACUCGUCACCAUCUCUCAUUUGUCUAGCCUGUCCCCUCUUGUGUGCGCGCUGCACAACGGCAGAAUAUUUCUUAGGAAAAUAAAAGGUAGCAUAAGGUUGUGGUCCGUAGCCUCCCUGUUAACCUGGUAAUGAUCUACGUCCUCUCUGUGUUGCAGCACCUUGCCAUCACCCCAGGGUCACACGAGUUCAGGCGCUGAUAGUCCAUCUGUUAGUACAGAUAAAAAGGCAAAUGAGGCUGCUUUGUAAUGUAGUGUGACCCUGUCAGACGAAAUGCAGACAGGGCUAACGUACUCAGUGAAGCAGCUAGGAACCUGCAACAAAAUAGGAGAAGAUGGGUUGUAGCUCAUUAAUCUGUAUCAGCAGUUCAUUUCCAGACUAACAGAAGAAAGCUGAUAAGAAAGCAGCGUGAGACUUUGUGCCUAAUAUCUCACAGGGGGCAGAGGCUUUUGAUAUUGAAGCGACCCCUGCUCAGUCUCAUUUUUGGCAGAUGAAAAACACACAGACACUUUGAUGCUGCAUUGUUUAUGGAUCAUCAAAACAAUGGCUCUCUUUCAGUUUACUUACAUGCUGUCCAUUUAGCAUUAGAAAUAAAGACAGCUUAAACAAGGGGAAAUUAGGAGUGAGAAAAAAGGACAGCGGUUUUGGGAGAGAGGAGCAAUAUUAAUGCCAACGAUGAUCAUAAAGGGUCUUCAAACAGAGAUACUGCAGAUAUGAGGGGAGAGAAGAGGAAAAUAGAUAAGAAAUAAGGACGCAAACUAGCCAUCAGCCUGUCGCCAUGGAAACAGUGACUUUGAGCAGAAAGUAAGAAGAGGUAGAUAUGCCUUUUGCUUUGUUCUCGGUGCAACAAGCGUAUUUUAAUUUCCUACUGGCAAAUUCAGAAAUGAAACAGAUUGUUAACAAAUGUGGCUUGAUGGUGUUUAUGCAUAGCUUUGGACUUGACUAACCCAUGGCAUCGCAAAUAAUAACCUCGUAUUAAAGUAACAAUAUCUCUUUUUUGCUCUCUUUGUUAGUCCCAUCAUCAUUUUCAACUCUUGAUCAUUUUGUCAUACAAUUCCUUGUCUUAUUUCUGGUUUGGUUUGCAUUUUUUUACUGUGUCUGUUAUGUUAAUGUUGUUAUAAAAAGAAGAAGGAAACAGAAAAUGCAUUUUCUGAUUGGUCAUGCAUUAAGGAUGGACAAUCAAAGAAAGAUUAGUCACUGAAACAGGAAGUACUCACCAUCAGCCUUUUACCGUGAGGAACAGAAGUGCCGUAAAUGGUGAUGGCAGCGAGUAAGCCAUUCUUUCCCUUUUCACUGUUUUCUUUUUUCAAUGCUCAAUUCAUUUUCAAUGCUUUUGGUGGAGUAAUGAUUCAGUGUUCUUGCUGGCCACAGUGAAAAAAAAGUUCUGAUUUUUUCAUAUAUAUAUUUGAGGGUUGUGAGUUAAUCAGGAUGAAUGGGAUAUCUGUGUACCUGUAGUCACUUAGGCAGGAUGGCGUAUGUGCAGAGAUAAAAAAAAUGCUGGAAUGGAGUUGAAUGAAGACUGUGAGACAGUGUUGGACUCAACAUACCAGCAGACUGAGCUUGUUUUUUGUGCAAAGCCCUCAGCCAAGGUGAUCAAGUUCUUGCGUGUCAUUCUGCCAACUGUCCAUGUAAGGGAAGGGUUAUUGUAUGUGGAGACAUUCUCUCUCAUUUUUGGAGAGAAAAAUCAUCACAUGGCUAAAUUUUUACAAAAAAUAUUUUCAAAAACAUAAUGCAAAAAAAGAACAAAAAAAGUAUUCAGAUCAUAAUUUUACAUGUGCUCCUGUUGUUAAAAAAAGACAAAAAAUGCUAAACAAAAACAAGAAAAAAGGCAGUGCUUGUAAGGAGUCUAACUAAUUUCCUUGAGGAUGAUGUUCAAUUAUUGAUACCUGAGAUUGUAGUUCAUACUGUACAUGAAUACAAAUAAAAAUUACAAUUCUUCUUUUCCAA